CGAAAAUUUUGAAAUCUGAAAAUUGGGAGGAUUUCCCACCCAAAAGUAACCGCCAAAGCAAACAGAGGACUCGACAUUCAAAAAGCCCAUCCCACAGAGGGAGCCCAAAAUAAAAAGCAUUAAAAAGACGUCCCACUCAAACUUAUCUACUUCUUUCUAUCUCCUCCUCCUCCGUUUUCCCCCAAUUUCUUUUUCCGCUUCUUUUCCUCCUCUUCAAAACCUUUCAGGUAAAACCAAAAAAAUCUUGCUCUGUUCUUCUUCUUCUUCUUCUUUCUUUCUAAUUGAAAUCGUUGCUUAAUUGGAUAGAGGAUUUGGCCCGUUUUGGGUUUUUGUUGUUUGGUGUUUUGUUUGUAGACUUUCAAGUGAAGAAGAAGUAUGGCCGGAAAAGGUGGGAAGGGACUCGUCGCCGGGAAGACAACCGCCGCCGCAGCCGCCAGCAAGGAUAAGGACAAGAAGAGACCCGUUUCUCGUUCCUCCCGUGCCGGUCUUCAGUUUCCUGUUGGUCGUAUCCAUCGCCAAUUGAAGUCAAGAACCUCUGCUCAUGGAAGGGUUGGUGCCACUGCAGCUGUUUACUCUGCAGCAAUUCUUGAAUACUUGACUGCUGAAGUUCUUGAAUUGGCUGGGAAUGCUAGCAAGGAUUUGAAGGUGAAGAGGAUCACUCCCAGGCAUUUGCAGCUUGCCAUCCGUGGAGAUGAGGAGCUUGAUACCCUUAUCAAAGGAACCAUUGCUGGUGGUGGUGUCAUCCCACACAUUCACAAGUCCUUGAUCAACAAGACCACCAAGGAAUAAGCAUGUCUUUAAUCUGUCCACUAAUCAAAACAUAGUAGCAGUACUUAUUUUAGUGACUUAGUGUUUGCUUUGUCUUCUUUCUUUAGAACAUCUCCUCUAUUUAGUGUAUGAUGGAAGUAGUUGUUUUAGGAUUCUUUUUUGUAUGGCUUAAAUUGGUUGGUCUGUUUAGGCAAUUAGCUGGAGUUGAUGACGAUACACCAUCAUACAUAGCCCCUUCUAGUUUGCUUUGUUAAUUUGUGCAUGAAUGGAGUGACGAUGAUUUUAUUUAAUCUCUUGUUUUUGUACAUGUUUUAAGUGGAUUUGUCUUGGUUUUGUGGUUUAGUUCUAGGCUCGUUAAAGGUGCAGUUUUAUGCAUAUUAUACUUUUGAAUGAUGUUUCAUUGUUGGUCAUAGAAAUUCCAUGGUACAUGGAGCUUGAGGUAAUAAAUUCUAUUGAUUAACGAGUUUCUUGUGUUACUAUAGUAACGAUGUUAUUGAAUCCUAGGAUGAUUUUGGUUUAGCAUUCAUCUAGUUGUCUUUUUAAAAUAAUUCUAGUCCUACGGUCUUACCGACUGUGGUGACAUAGGCAAAGAUGGAAAAUUCCAUAUCUGCGAUGUAGGCAUGCAAUAUUUGAUACUGAUUUGAUACUCUGGUGGGCAUGAUCGCAUGGUUAUGUGUAUCAUUCUCUGUAUUGAAAAUUGUAGAUGAAUUUCUG